AUGGAGCAAACAAAUACUAGAAGUUUUCUCAGCUGUCUAUGUUUCAUUUUCUUUUUCAUCAACUCUCUUGAAUUGAUUACCAUUGCCAAGGGCAACCCCAGUUUCAUUCUCACAAACAAGACAGACCAUCAGGCACUACUUGCAAUCAAAGAUUUGAUAACAGGAGAUCCACUGGGUGCCUUAAGCUCAUGGAAUCAUUCAAUUCACUUUUGCAUUUGGCAAGGAGUCUCAUGCGGUCAUCGACAUCAACGUGUGACAGUCCUAAACAUAUCAUCUCUUGCAUUGGUGGGUUCUGUGUCUCCCCACAUUGGGAACCUCACCUUCCUUAGGAGGAUUGAUCUCGGUAACAAUAGUUUUCAUGGCGAAAUCCCACCGGAAAUUGGCAAGUUGUUUCGUCUGCAGUAUCUUCUGCUUUUGAAUAACUCUUUCCAAGGUGAAUUUUCUACCAAUUUGGCUCAUUGUUCGAACUUGAGAGUUAUCCAUAUGGGUGGUAACAAUCUAGGAGGUAAAAUUCCUACGGAGCUGGGUUCCUUGUCCAAUCUCUUCUACUUGAUUCUUGCAGCAAAUCAUCUCUCUAGAGCUAUCCCACUUUCAAUUGGCAACCUUUCCAAUCUACAGAAGCUUUCUCUACCGUACAAUAAUCUAGAGGGAAGCAUUCCCUCCCAACUUGGGCAGCUUUCGAUGUUGGAGUAUCUUCAGCUAUCAGUGAACAAUUUGUCCGCAACCAAUGGAAUUUCUAUUCAUCAGCAAUCAAGUUCAAUUGGGAUUAGAGGAACAAUUGGCUAUGUUGCCCCAGAGUAUGGUAUGGGUGAGGAGGCAUCAAUUCAAGGUGACAUGUACAGUUAUGGCGUGUUACUACUAGAAAUGUUCACAGGAAAAAGACCAACUAGUAACAUGUUUACAGGUAAUGUAAACCUCCAUAGCUAUGUAAAAAUGUGUCUUCUGGAGAAAGUAAUGCAGAUCGUUGAUCCCCAAAUCAUAUUGGAAAUGGAAGAGGAGUCAAGUAAGAGCAUGCAAAGUAGUACAAUCAACAUUUCUAAACUAGGGACUUGCCUAGCACUAGUCUUUCAAAUUGGAGUUUCAUGUUCUGCUCAAAUGCCGAGUGAGAGAAUGAGUGUAAAAGAUGUUCUAAAUAAACUACACAAGAUUAGAAAUUUAUUUCUUGGGGUUAGGAGACAAAGGCAUUAAGAUGGAAGAAGAAAUGAUUCUUAACUAAAGCUGUAUCUGUAGGUUAUUUUGAUGUUCUAGAAUUUUCUUUCCCUCACUUUUCUUCUCCUCCCCCCCUCUCCCCUCUUUUCUUUUCUUUUCUGAAUCUACAAUUGUUGAGCUAGAAAAGGCAUGAAAGUGGUUGUACUUGUGGAUUGUCAUCAAAUAUUUAUAAAUAAUUCAAGUUUCUAUAUCUAUAUAUAUAAGAACCGCUUAGUUG